AUGCGCCCUGCGAUGCGGCGCGCGCUGAGGGCGCUGCUCCGGGAGCCGCCGCUGCAAUGGCGGCCCCGCCGCCCCCCGCCCGGCCUGAGGGGCCCGGCCCGUACCGCCCCGGGACCUCUCUGCGGUCCGGUCCGCCCGCUCUACACCGCCCCGGGGCCUCUCUGCGGUCCGGUCCGCCCGCUCUGCACCGCCCCGGGGCCUCUCUGCGGUCCGGUCCGCCCGCUCUGCACCUCCCCGGGGCCUCUCUGCAGUCCGGUCCGCCCGCUCUGCACCGCCCCGGGGCCUCUCUGCGGUCUUGCCCGCCAGCUCUGCACCGCUCCGGGACCGCCGCCAGCCACUCAUUAUCGCCUGGUGUACACCUGCAAGGUGUGCCAGACGCGCUCAGCCAAAUCCAUCUCUAAGGCCGCCUACCACCGAGGGGUGGUGAUCGUCACCUGUCCUGGCUGCGGGAACCACCACGUCAUCGCUGAUAACCUGGGCUGGUUCUCCGACCUGGAGGGAAAGAGGAAUAUCGAGGAGAUCCUGGCAGCCAAAGGGGAGAAGGUGAGACGUGUGGCUGGUGAGGAAGCCCUGGAACUGCUGCUGGAAAACUCAGCAGAGCCCGGGCCCCAAGGUCAGCUGGCAGAGGGGGACAGCGGGGAAGCCCCCCCAGAUCCUGGCAGCAAGGGACACACCUGACACGAGGGACUGUGGCCUCUGAGACACACCUGACACAUGGGAUUUGGGUGAUUCUGCUUCUGGCAAGAGACUCUUCACCUUCAUUCCCUGCCUUCAACUGUCUGAUUUUAAAAUAAAUUCGAGUGUUGGGUUUUC